AUGGAAAAUGUAACUUUUUUGGUUAUUGUUUAAAUGUGUUUCUGUGCUGUCUCAGUUACUAAGUUUUAGGCGUAUGACGUGGAAGAUCAAACAUCGAACUGUUACAAUAGCAACCACACAUUUCUUGCUAAAUUGUUUUGCGGUAUAUUUUUGCUAGCUGUUUGUCUGGUAGUCGCUUUUUCAAUCAUCUUCGCAUUCAGGCAACAACGUAAUAGUUUGAAUUAUUAAUGUCAAAUGAGCAAAAACAAAAUUUGUAUUCAGCUGUUGACAUAUCCUUCAAAGAUAUUGAUGAAAUGCCUAAACAAGAACCUGGCGAGCCGUUACCAGUGCCAAUGUCUUCCCGCAGCAAUAACAACUACAGAAAGUUUACUUCUGAUGAUUUGUGGUCUGGAAAAGAGUAUGUCAAAGAUAGCUACAAUUACAUGUGGUUAAAAGAUGGCACAUUUCUAUACAACAAAGACUUUUUUUUGGUCGGUGUCUGGAUUAUUUGAAAACCUUCACUUUUUUAAUUUGCAGAGCGCAACAAAUAUAACAAAAGUAGCCAAAUCUUCAUUUGAACCAGAACACUUUCUUGAGAACUAUGAACUUUUGCGCACUGCAUCAUCUGAUAGAAAAUACGCAUACAUAGCAACUUUAGUGAGAAUGGUUUGUUAUAUAUAUAUAUUCAUUUAUUUUAUAAUUACCGUUAAGAUCUAAAUUCUGAAGCAUUGUUUUCCAGGUUUUUCGCUAUUCGUCGGAACGAAUCUUCAAUAUUGUGAGAAUUGACAAUAGCAGCAUACCGAAGUAAGAAAUAGUCAAACUACACAACCUGCAACCCCAGCCUUUCAAUUAGCGACUCGGAUGACGCGUUAUGCGCGCGAAAGUUUAAUGCUGCGCAUUUUAACAACUAGUACUAUUGCGAGAUCUGUAAAAUUUUGAAUUCUUGUGCUAAAACAGUGAGAUAACAGUAUAAUUGCAUAUGCGAAAUGUUUUUCAGUUACUCUAGACCUUAUAAAAUAUUAAGUUUAGUUCAUAUCUACAGCAUUUUCUUAAUUUCGUUAACCUAAAAUUGACGACCUCCAAGUUCGACACCCUAUCUCGGAUGUAAGUGUCUGAAAUCUGGUUUUGUUCUCUUCCGUCAGCUCUGAAAAAAUCUGUUUUGUUUUGCGCUUGAAUCUAAGCUUUUUGGUGCAACUGAGCAUUGUUCAAUGUCAUUGAGAAAUAUCUUGCAAAUUGGAUCAUCAUGCGCAAUAUGAGCAUCUAUUACCAUUUUAGAGACAAUUGGCACGUGGGUCCUGAAGACGGCGCAGUUAUUCAAGCGUUUUACUGGAAUCCGAAAGUGGACAGCCAUGAUUUUGCAUAUGUUCAUAACUACAAUUUGUACUAUCAGAAAGAUCCGGAGAAGCCAGAAUCAGCAGUUCAACUUACCACCAAUGGAACAUUCUUCGAACGAUUUGGCGUAGCCAACUGGCUUUAUGAGGAAGAAAUUCUAGCGCGGUCUAAUGCAGUUUGGUGGUCACCAUCGGGACGAUAUUUGUCGUAUCUGAAGUGAGUAUAUGUGACUGGAAAACGUUCUUAUUUCGAUCGGUUCACUUCAGAUUCGAUGAUAGUAAAGUUAACCGAAUUUUCCUCACUAGGUACACCAAAGAAGACAAUUACGUCGAGUACAAUGAAAUCGCCUAUCCAAAAGCUGGUGUUCCCCAUAAUACUCUGGUCACUCAGUACAUUUGGGACAGUGAGAGUCACAAAAUCGUGGAAACUGAACCGCCAAAUGAAUUGCGUGAAGCUAAUGGAAACUAUUACAUUUUACAAAACAAAUGGAUUCAAAUGCCCGAAAAGUUCAGAGAUUUAGGAAAAGAGCGGUUGAUAACAAUAUGGAGCAAUCGAGAUCAAACAGUUGUUCAUUUCUCAUUGUGCAAUGAGAGUGAUUGCAUUAUGGUAAGUUUUUCUAGUCAAUUUUGAUCAAACUAUUUCUUUCAGACGUUCUCAUUUCCUUUCACCAUCGACGGAAAAAACUUGUGGGUUGAACCUACAGAAGUAGGAAGUAUUUUCACGACCACGACUGGCUUCGUGACAAUUCUGCCUAGAAAACGUCACGAUGGAAACAUUUACAAUCAAAUCGCACACAUCGAACUGGAAUCAACUGGACUAGGAAAAAUUACAAAAUGGCUUGGCGAUAACUUUGAUGUUGCAUACAUUUUGGAUUACUCUCUUGAAACUGAUAUUCUCAUCUUUGGUGGAUACGGAACUGGUAUUGGUGAAGAGAACAUUUACAAAAUAUCAAAUGCGUUGCGUAGUAGUGAAAAGGUAGGUUGUUUUUCAUUUUCAAUUCAUACAUUGCAUGGCAUUCGUUUAUUGUGAGGAGGAUAAGCAGGAGAAAAAAUAGAGGAAGGAGGCGUCACAAACAAACUAAGACAAAGUUUGUUUGUUCCAGACAAUUUUAAAUUAUUUUAAAAAGAGAAAGUGCGAAGAGAGGGUGGGAAAGAGCAGAAUCAGAAAAGGAAAAAAGGGAAAGAUUAGAACAGAAAAAGGAAAGAAUAAGAGGGAAGGAGAAGAAGGGGCGGAUUUGUAAUUUGACAAUGUUAAUGGAUCGAAUUAAGAUGGAGAGAGAAAAGUGGUGACGUUAUUAACAAUACUGUUCCAAAUCGGGUACAGUAGAAGCGAGAAAGUGAGAAGAGGCAGAGUCUCUGCGGAUAAGGGACAUGGGACGUCUCUGCGAAUUAGUAAAAGUGAUGAAGUUAGCAUUUCAAGAGUUGCUGAAGUCAGCAUUUCAAGAGUUGCUUGAAGCGAAGCAGGAUAAUAGCUGAGCAUUUGAUAAUGUGAUCACAAAAAGAGAGCUGUGAGUCAGUGAUAAGGCCGAGAUCGCGAGCGCAGGGUCUUAAUUUUGGGAGGCCUUGAAUGAAAUAGUAAAGGGGCCGAAGUGGAUUAGAGUUGUCUUGGAGGGGGCUAAAGGGAGAUGGAUUGCUAAUGCAUGUGAUCAAUUUUCUUUUCUCAGAAUGAACUUGUUAACCUUAAUUCCUUGCUGGAAGACUGCGGAUAUGUGUACAAAUCAUCAAUGGACCCAACUGGAGAAAAGCUUAUGUUUCAGUGUCAAACACCUUUUCAAAAUGCUCGUUUGUACAUGAUGGACAUCGUGAACACAUCAAAACGUGAUUUUUUUCAAAUAACUUGAAAUAAAAUGGUUUUGUAUUUCCAGAAGUUCUGUUAGAAGGAAAGGAACAAAACUAUUUGCCAUUUGAUUCACCAGAAAUGCAGUUUGGGCAAAUUAAACUUUCUUCUGGAAUAGGUUAGUAGUUUCAGUUUCAUGCAAUGCAUUGUUUUUAUUCAGAAGGACAUUACAUGAUUAUGACCCCUCCAUCUAAUCCAGUUGGAAAAAAAAUUCCAGUUUUGGUUGAUUUGUAAGUUUUUUCUGUUCUGUAUUCGUUGAAUAAUGCACCAAAACGCAGGUAUGGUGGACCAAAUAGCAAACGAGUGAACAACAAAACGCCUUCUGCUCAGUUGAUUCAAAUCUGUUCGGAAUAUGAAGUUGCCAUCGUGCAAGUUGAUGUUUGUGGAACAGCUGGAAGAGGUAAGAAGCUUUUCGAAUAUAAAUUUUUUACAUUUUUUGUCAGGUUGGAAUGUCAAAGAACCCAUCUACAGAAACUUGGGCGAAUGUGAAAUUAAUGAUACUUUGGCUAUGAUUAAAGAACUUCUACUAAGGCAUAUAUUUCUAGACGAGGACAGAAUAGCUGUUAUGGGAUGGGUGAGUUCAGAUUAUAUAUGUUUUUUUAAUUAUAUAUAUAUAUUUUUUUAAAUGUUUUUUUUAUUAUAUAUAUAAUUAUUCAGUCUUAUGGAGGAUACUUGGCUACAAAACUUGUCGCCCAAGAUCAAGGAGAGCUUGUGAAAUGUGCCAUUGCUAUUGCGCCCGUUACGGAUUUCAAGUAUUAUGGUAAUAAUUUACGUUCAAUUUUAUUUUGAAGUGUCAGACAAGAGAUAUGUCUGUUCCAGGCUUUCAAGUAUUUUUCAUUUUUUGCAGAUUCAGCUUACACUGAAAGGUACAUGGGACAGCCUGAAGAGAACGCAUCAGGUUACAAUAAAACAAAUUUGAUUCCUCAUGCUGGAAACUUGACAAACGUCAAAUAUUUUUUGGCGCAUGGUGAAAGAGACGGUAUGCCACUGUGCCUAUCUUACGUGAAUGUGAAAGUUUUUAAUUCCAGAUAAUGUUCAUUAUCAAAACAGCGCACGUUGGUCAGAAGCUUUGCAAAUAAAUGGUAUUCAUUUCACUCAACUGGUUAGUAUACCUAUUAGUAGCAUAGCAUUGAACGUGCAAAAGUCCGGCAAUAGCGCUCUUUUCAAUCAAAAUGCUCCCUUUAUCGGCCGGGCUUUCACGUAGAAUCACGGUAGAGACUAAUUGCUUGAGUUUUAGGAGCAUUGAAAACACCAUUUUUCAGGUGUAUGCUAAUGAAGCACACGGACUUAGCGGGAAAAUCAAGCAUCUUUACUCUGAAGUUAAUCAGUUUUUAGUGAACAAUUGUUUUAAAGUGACGACUGACUUUUAUUAA